GUUUUCUCUGUUCUAAUAUAUCAAAAUUAAAUAAUUCGAAUACCUCUUCCUUAAGUACGAGCGAAGUAUAGAUAGGUAUUUAUAAUAUAUUGAACGGUUCUCAGAUUCCUGUUACACAAAGGUAAUUUAUACAAUGCACGCCACAGAAUGCAUAGCCCUCUCGCAAUGUCUCGGUUUAAGACCCGAGGUAUACCUACAUGUACAUAGGCGUACUACUUAGUACCUGUAGCCACCACUGAACUGUACAUAGUAAGAUCCAAGAUGUUGCAGACACACCCUCCUUUCCGGUUAUGUAGCCAAGGUGGCUCACACCUGCUUUUGCUACACUCCCCCUUUCCUUGUUCUUGAAUUCUGGGCAGCGUACGGAUUAAAUAUCUCCAAGCCAAGGAAACGACUUCUUGCCUCGUUCCACUCUCCUUUUCUCAUUCCAUGUCCGCAGUUUUUCCCCCUUCGCUCGUUGUUUAACUUCUCGACUCCGUCACCCUUCUUUCUGGCAACUCAUUCGUUAUUGUUGGCAUCUCGUCUUCCAAUUCAAUCGUUUUGAUAGUUCGCGCCCCUGAUCUUGGAUCUGCAGGUGGUUCUUAAACGACCCUCACUCGCUUGGGAUCGCGAUAUACCACGUGUUUUCACAUUUUUUGACGAAACACCCUAUUAAAAUUAAACUAAAGCAGCAAUUGGUCACUUGGAAUAGUAACAAUACAAUAAUGCGUUCGUUCGCCUUCGCGUCCGCUCUGGCAGCGGCGAGCAUGGUCCACGCAGGGCCUACUCCCACUGAAGAAGAGUUACCUAGGCGUGCUGAUUCUCUGCCUACGGUAACCGCGUCUGGUAAUGCUUUCUGGGCCGGUGACGAACGAUUUUAUAUUCGAGGUAUCGACUACCAGCCUGGUGGUUCUUCCGCUAAUCUCGAUCCUCUUGCUGAUACCGACCUUUGCAAGAGGGAUAUCGCCAAGUUCAAGGAACUCGGUGUGAACACGGUUCGUGUUUACUCUGUUGACAAUUCGGCCGACCACGCCGAGUGCAUGGAAGCCUUGAGCGAUGCAAAGAUUUACCUAGUGCUUGACGUCAACAACCCUCAAUAUUCCAUAAACCGAGACAAGCCAGGGCAGUCGUAUAACGAUGUUUACCUCCAAAGUGUUUUUGCUACCAUCGAUGAGUUCGCAAAAUAUGACAACACGCUCGCUUUCUUUUCAGGCAAUGAAGUCAUCAACGACAAACCCGAUUCCGUAAAAUCGGCUCCUUACGUCAAGGCUACUACUCGUGAUAUGAGACAGUACAUCGGCUCUCACGGCUAUCGCAAGAUUCCUGUUGGUUACUCGGCUGCUGAUGUCAGUGAUAACCGAAUGCAGACCGCGCAGUAUUUCAACUGCGGUACCGAUGACGAGCGUAGCGACUUUUUCGCCUUUAAUGACUAUUCUUGGUGUGCUCCGUCCUCCUUCCAGCAAUCUGGUUGGGAUCAGAAGGUGAAGAACUUCACCGGAUAUGGUCUGCCUAUCUUCCUGUCGGAGUGGGGUUGCAUAAAAGGCACCCGCGACUUCGGGGAGUUGAGUGCAUUGAUGAGCGAUGAGAUGUCUGCUGUUUACUCGGGUGGUCUCGUGUACGAGUAUAGCAGAGAAGGCAACGGGUACGGUAUCGUUGAGCUCGAUGGAAAGUCCGACUCGGUCAAGGAAGAACCCGACUUCGACAGGCUAGCGUCAGCUUUGUCCAAGUAUCCAGCUCCGACUGGCGAUGGCGGUUUUACUUCCACCACCACUUCUGUUGCGUGUCCAACGGUCGAUACAGUUUGGGAUCUUGGCGGAUGGGAUGCGAGUGCGCUUCCCGCAAUUCCCCCGGGAGCCGAGAAGUACAUGACCGAGAAAGCCGGUAAGGGACCGGGCCUUAAGGGCUCUGGUUCUCAGGAUGCUGAAGGUACUUCGACUGGAACUGCUUCGCCUGGUGCUGGAUCUGUAACUGCAACCGCAUCUGGUGACAAUGACAACGCCGCUGGCCGACCAGCUCCCCCAAUGGAUAUGAGCAUUUUCGUCCUUACUGGCAUUGUUGGUCUCUUCACCCUCGGCGGCACGUUGUUGCUAUAGGUUGGCCACUAAGCCGUUUUCGGUAACUCUCGGUACGAGGAUCAUGGAGCUUGGACAUCUGGGGAGUACGCGUUUUAUUGGUUCGGUGAUUAGGCGCGUUGACCCCUUUUGGGAUCGACGGCGAACCGGGAUAUAAUUAGUUUAGAGCGGCACAGUAACUCCAUAUGACGUGGGGUAAAGUAUGUACGCAUUAUGAACACGAACGACAUAUAAUUUAGACAUGGAAUGGGUGGAUUGAUGGAUAUUAAGUGUAUUACUGAACUGACCUUGCUAGAGGACUAAAUUGCUGAAAUUGGGAGGAAGUGACAUUGCUUUGUACUAACUAGAUGCAUUAAAAAGGGAGGACUAGAUUAUGACUAUUCUACAGCAGGACUUCAUCGUAUAAUGUGUAGAUCGUGGCUAGAUUUCUCCGAUUUUAAGUAGCGGAACGCGUUUCCUCGCUAUAUAUAUAUAUUAUAACAUGUCUAAAUAAG